GCCUGGGGAUGUCUGCUACGCUUGAUCCCGGAGACAGAGCCAGCCGUGCCGUCCCACCGCGUCCUUUUCUUCCACGUCCCUGGGGUCGCAAAGGGGAGAAAGGACGGACUUCUUGGCUGCUCACGGCAUAGCCCCGGGUGCAGGAAAAAAGGAUUCCUGGCUCUUUGAACUUUCCAUCUGCUGUUAAUCCGGGGAAAACCUUAUGAGUUAUGCCUUCUCAGGACUCUGACCUUUCCAAGAAGGAGCAGGAGAAAAUGACCAAGUUUCAGGUUGUCGAAGAUUUUUUUAAACAGGAGUUCUGUCCUCUUUGGCCAGAGUCUAGAGAUUCAGGAAGACUUGUACUCUUGCAUGAAAGGAGGCAGUGACGUUCAAGGACGUGGCUGUGGUCUUCACUGUAGAGGAGCUGGGACUGCUGGACUCUGCCCAGAGGAAGCUGUACCGAGAUGUGAUGGUGGAGAACUUCGAGAACCUGCUUUCAGUGGGACAUCUUCCCUUCAAGCCAGAUAUGAUGUCCCAGUUGGAGGCAGAAGAAAAGCUUUGGAUGAUGGAAAGAGAAACCCAAAGAAAUGGAUAUUCCAGUGAGAACCAUGUGGCUGUUCCUUCAGGCAGCAAGAAUCAAAAGGAGAUGGAGACUCUUCGAAAAGUUGCAUUAAAAUACCUUUCACACGAAGAACUAUCCUGCUGGCAAAUCUGGAAGCAGGUGGCAAGUCAUUUAACCAGCUGUCUUCAGAGGAAGCGUUCCCAGUUACUCCACGGUGAUUCUGUUCACGUUUCUGAAAGUGAGAAUAAUGGAAUGAAUCCUAAAGCAGGUAGCUCCAGUUACACUGCAGGUGUAUCUGUUUUGAGAACUCAGGAUUCUUGUGGGAAUACCUACCCGCGUGAGUCACCGGAGCAGAGUAGAGGUCAGCAAGUUAAUGUGAAAAAUAACCUGAGUAUAUGUGAGGCCUUCAUGAAGCAAUCACUUAGUGAUUGUAUUAGCACUGGCACAGAACAGAAACCCUAUGAAUACAAUGAAUGCGGCAAAAGCAUUUGCGAUGGUUUCAGUCGACAUGUACCCCCAGGAGGGGAUCUCUUUCCGUGUCGUGAGUGUGGAAAGGGUUUCAGUUAUAGCUCAGUGCUUCCACUUCACAACGUUCACCCAGGAGAGAAAUGCUCCAGGCGGUGUCCACACCUUCAGGCUCUUCAGAGAAUUCGCCCAAGAGAGAAACACAAUAAAUGUCAUGAACCUGGCGAUUGCUUCGGUAAGAACGCUUUUCAUCCUCAUCAGUCUAACCACACAGGGGAAAAGUCCUACAGAUGUGACAGUUGUGGCAAGGGAUUCAGUAGCAGCACAGGCCUUAUCAUUCAUUACAGGACUCACACCGGAGAGAAACCUUACAAAUGUGAAGAGUGCGGUAAGUGCUUUAGCCAGAGUUCAAAUUUUCAGUGCCAUCAGAGGGUCCACACUGAAGAAAAACCAUACAAAUGUGAAGAGUGUGGGAAGGGCUUCGGCUGGAGUGUUAAUCUUCGUGUUCAUCAGAGGGUCCACAGGGGUGAGAAACCCUACAAAUGUGGGGAGUGUGGUAAGGGCUUCACUCAGGCUGCACACUAUCACAUACAUCAGAGGGUCCACACUGGGGAGAAGCCUUACAAAUGUGACGUCUGUGGUAAGGGCUUCAGUCACAAUUCACCGCUAAUAUGCCAUCGGAGAGUCCACACUGGAGAGAAACCAUACAAAUGUGAGGCGUGUGGGAAGGGCUUUACCCGUAAUACAGAUCUUCAUAUCCAUUUCCGAGUUCACACAGGAGAGAAACCCUACAAGUGUAAGGAGUGUGGGAAGGGCUUCAGUCAGGCUUCUAAUCUUCAAGUCCAUCAGAAUGUCCACACUGGGGAGAAACGAUUCAGAUGUGAAACGUGUGGGAAGGGCUUCAGCCAGUCAUCAAAGCUUCAAACCCAUCAGAGAGUCCACACUGGAGAGAAGCCAUACAAAUGUGAUGUGUGUGGUAAGGACUUCAGUUACAGUUCAAAUCUUAAACUGCACCAGGUAAUUCACACUGGAGAAAAACCAUAUAAAUGUGAGGAGUGCGGGAAGGGCUUCAGCUGGCGAUCAAAUCUUCAUGCUCAUCAAAGAGUCCACUCUGGAGAGAAACCCUAUAAAUGCGAGGAGUGUGACAAAAGCUUCAGUCAGGCCAUAGACUUUCGGGUACAUCAGAGAGUCCAUACUGGAGAGAAACCGUACAAAUGUGGUGUAUGUGGUAAGGGCUUCAGUCAGUCCUCUGGUCUCCAGUCCCAUCAGAGAGUCCACACUGGGGAGAAGCCAUACAAAUGCGAUGUCUGUGGAAAGGGUUUUAGAUAUAGUUCACAGUUUAUAUACCACCAGAGAGGCCACACUGGAGAAAAACCUUACAAAUGUGAGGAGUGUGGGAAAGGCUUUGGGAGGAGCUUGAACCUUCGCCAUCAUCAGAGGGUCCAUACAGGAGAGAAACCCCAUAGGUGUGAAGAGUGUGGUAAGGCCUUCAGUCUCCCCUCAAAUCUGAGAGUCCAUCUGAGUGUUCACAUUAGGGAAAAACUAUUUAAAUGUGAAGAGUGUGGUAAGAGCUUCAGUCAGAGUUCGCGCCUUCAAGCCCAUCAGAGAGUACACACUGGUGAGAAACCAUACAAAUGUGAUGUAUGUGGUAAGGACUUCAGUCACCCUUCACGUCUUACGUACCAUCAGAAAGUCCACACUGGCAAGAAUCGUUAAAAGUGAAGAAUGUCUUAAUGGCUUCUGUCAGGAUGUACGUCGUCACAUAUUUGGAGGGUCGUUGCUGGUGAUAAACUAUCAAGUAUUGAGAGUGGAAAGGGAUUUCUUCAGAUGGAAUCUUUCUAACAUCCAUUAAAAUGAUGACGUGGAACCAUAAUGCCAGGAAUGGAACUAAUAUUAAGGGGGAGGAAUAGCUUGUAACCCUCUUGGCAAGAUCCAUCUGCUGUAGUCUUUAAAAGUAAAUACAUGCCUAAAGAUACUGUGUGAAAAGGAUAUUUGCCAUAUAUAUACUAGCUAGUUUUUUUGGCGGGGGGGGGGGGGUCAGGGAGGUUUCUGGAUUACUUUAACUUAUAUUUUAUACUUAUUUACAGUGACCAUUAUUUUUACUAAAGCUGUAAAGCUGUGAAAAGUGAAUAAAAUUACUGACCUAAAUUUCCUAUAACCAAGAAUUCAUACUAUGAUUGCUUUAUUUCAUAUGGUAUAUUGGAUUAAAAUUAAGGAAUAGAUCCCCUGGGAUGAAGCUUUGAUCUUCAGAAGUAAAUUUGUAUUUGCUACAGAUGUAUAAAAAAAAAUGGUCAUUGCAUCAUUGUUUAUAAUAGGAAGCAAACAAUCAGUUGGAUAGAGUAUUUUAUGAUUUAUUAAUCCAGUAGGACACUAUGCAAACAUCAGAUGGGAAAAGGUAAAUUUGUAGUUCGGGAUAUUGGAAGAUGUCCAGAAUAUAUUAACCUGAAAAAAACAAGGCAUGGGAUUUUGUGUGAUCUCAUUAGAAAAGGUAUAGAUGAAUAGGUAUUUCUGGUUAUCACUAAGUAAUGAUGUUUUGUUUCAUAUGUAUUUUUGCAUUUCUUUAGAUUUCUUAUUUUGAAAUAAUAUCAAACUUUCCCAAAAAAUGUAAGUUAUAUAACAUCUCUUAUAUUCCCUUUAUUCAGAUUGAUGAGUUAACAUGUUUGAAUCAUUCUCUCCUUGUAUGUGAAUGUGUGUAUAUACACACAUAUUGAUACCUGUAUGUACACAUAGAACUUAAAAAAUUUUUUUAAUGUUUAUUUAUUUUUGAGAGAGUACUAGUGGGGAAGGGGCAGAGAGAGAGGGAGACAUAGAAUCCAAAGCAGGCUCCAGGCUCCAAGCUGUCAACACGGAGUCCGAUGCAGGGCUCGAACUCACAAACCAUGAGAUCAUGACCUGAAUCAAAGUCAGAUGCUUAACUGCUCAACCGACUGAGCCACCCAGGUGUCCCUGCACACGUAGAAUUUUUAACCAUGAGUAUGUUACAGAUCUCUUGCCCCUUGCAGCUAAAUACAUCAGUAUAUGUGCUAAGAACAAAGAUAUUUAAUUUACUUACACAGCUACAAGUAUAGUGAUCAGGAAAAUUUAAUACUGAUACAUAACACUAUUUAACUUACAAACCUUAUUCAAAUUUUAUCAGUUGUCCUGAUAAUGUAUCACAUUCUUUCUGGUUUAGAAUCUAGUCAACGUUUAUACAUUUCAUUUAGACUCCUUUAAUCUGGAUCACUGCCUUAUUGUUUAUUUUUAAUGACCUUGAUAUUUUUGAGUGUUACACAGUUUGGAUUAGUGUGAGGUUUUCUCAUUAUUGGAUUUAAAUUAUGCACUUUUUGGCAUAAGGAUUCCAUAAGUGAUGGUGUAUCACAUAAGGAAACAUGGUAUGUUAGUCCUAUUAUAGGUGAUGUUAACUUGGUUAACUCGAUUAAGGUAGGUAAGCUGGGUUUUUCCACUGCAAAGUUACCAUUUUUACCUUUGUAAUUAGUACUUUGUGGGGAGGUAUAUUCUGGUUCUGUAAAUAGCUUGUUUUUCAACAAAUUUUCAUCCGCUAGUUUUAGCAUCCGUUGCUAAAUGUGGCCUAAAUCGACUUACUGAUGGUUGCAAAAGAGUGGUUUUCUACCAUCAUCAUUCCCUCAACAUAUGUUAGCCAAUAUCUGUACUGUUUGCUCAUUUUUUUAAAGUUUAUUUACUUAUUUUGAGAGAGAGUGUACGGGUGAAUAGAGGUCAGAGAGAGGGAGAGAAUCCUAAACAGGCUUUGCGCUGUCACCAUAGAACCUGAUGCGGGUCUUGAUCCCAUGAACUGUGAGAUCAUGAUCUGAGCCAAAAUCAAGAGUGAGACUUAACUGACAUACCGCCCCCCCCCCCGCCAGUGCCCCUACUUAUUUACUCUUCAUAAAUUUGAGCACAUCCUUACUCUGACACAAUAUAAUGUCCCAUACUUAUCUUGUAGUCUCCCACCCCAGCCAUGGAAUCUGUUACUUCUUUAGGAGACCUUGUUCUUCACAGUGUGGAAUGAUAUUUAGAAAUUAAGGCCUGAGAAAUAGAUAUGCCCCUUACUACUGAGGGGAUGAAAAUGAUAGGUAGGUAGAUAAGGAUGUUCACAGGUAGAAAGAAUGAACCAUGAGUUCGAACCACCAAUUCUUAAUUCAACAGUAUAGUGUUCUUUCUAGCCUUGCCCCAUUACAAAUUGCAUCUUCAUUCUCUAAGCAUAAAAAAUGUUACUCCCAGUAUCAUCCACAUAUUAACUGAAGAGAAUGGACAUGCACUCCCAGCUACAACUUGGUUCUGUUGUUCACGGGAAAAGAAUGGAGUAUUGGACAACUAAAGCUAGAAGCGACUUUUGAAUGGUAUAGUCUCCACCAUAAGUUUUCCCAGUCUCAGGUCACCAACUCUAAACCAAGUAAUAUAUCCUUGUUGGACCAUGAAGAAAAGUAUCUGAUAGAAACAUUAAUCCAAAGAUGGGCAUAUCCAGAUGAGAACCCACCGGUUAAUGAUCCCUUGCAGAUACUAGGACAGCGAAUGUAAAGGAAUAGUUCCUUUGAAGGGUGAGUUGGGGAGCAGUUCUGGCCAUUGACCAGCCCUGCAUUAUGUCAUCUACUAUUCACCUCCCAUUCCCCCCUAUACUUAGAAGGAGCUUGACAAUUUUCAGGCCAUUGAGGACCACACCCCUCCAUUGCUUCUUGAAAAAAAAAAACAACAAAAAACAAGUAUUUUAGGAGAAACUAAUGUUAAAGAGACCAAACCAGAAUGUUGGUUACAAAGCAGUAUAUUGUAAUUAAAAAGCAGAUUCUGGAACCAGACUUGUCCAGUUGAGCUGUUUGCUAGUUGAGUAAGUGCAGACAAGAUGCUUAACCUCUCUGUUCUGCAGCUUGUGUGUUCAUUGUGGGUAAUAGCUCUUCUGUUACGGGGAUUAAAACUAUAAUAGUAAGAGCUGUAGGUAUUUAGGUAUUAUCUUCGACAGAUGAAAUUAUUACUAUAUAUUUAUAUUAUUAAAUUCUAAGCCAGAGAAUAAUAAACUAUAGGCUCUUGGCCAAAGCCGGCUUGUAUCCUAUUUUUGUAUGGCCUGAGACCUUGGAAUUUCACAUUUGUAAAGAAUUGUAAGGAGAAAGCAAAGAGUAUGGACCAUAAAGCCUCAAACAUUUACUGUCUGGGCCUUUAUAAAAAGUUUGCCAUCGUCUGGUCUGAGCAAAUUUCAGUUUCUCAAAAACUCUUCUGAGAUACAUACAUAAUAUGUGAUAAUACAGAAGAGUUUUAGCUCAAUUUAGCACUUCUCAAACCACAGGAUUUAAAACUUUGAGCACUUUAAACCUUCAGGAGGUCUAAAAAAUGCCCAAAGCAACAUCAGAAAACUUUUUUUUUAAUACAAGGUUCUGGCCAUUUAUGAAGAAGCAAUAUGCUAUUAUGCUAUUAUUAAUGUCUGAUUAACCUGCAGUGCUAAGAAUACACGUUAUUUAUUUCUCCAUUUUUGCAUGUAAGAAAAUUUAGGCUUUAAGAGAUCAUUUUCCCCGAGAGAGUAGAUAAUAAAUAGCACGACCAGAGUUUGAACUCCAUUCUCACAGACUUUGAAGCUACUUUUAACUGUCAUCUGCAUGAAUUACAUUGCAGGGCCAGAACCCCUAAAAUUGCUCUGUAGAGCAUUCUCCCUGUCUCACAUGAAUGAAUCAUGAAUGUAAGAAUGGAAAAUCCAUAGAAAAAUACCAGGUUUAUCUAGGAAGACUUUGUUACAUUUCUACCCAGGGUUUUAUUUUUUUUUUUGUUUAUAGUAAAUCAAUAACCUAAGGGAUACGUUUUAUAUUCUGUAUUUCCUUGACUGUUUCUGACCUCACUAAUGGCAUUAGUUUUCUAACAUUUUUCUUUGAUGACUCAAGAGCCAACUCUGAAAAUUAACUCAAACUGAGAAAGAACAGCCAUGUUGAAAGCUUUAACUUGCCACUUGUAACCAAACUGAACACCAUUUUCGGUUUUGCAGAUUCUUUGUAUAUUCUGAGUACAAAUCCUUUAUGUGGUAUGUGAUUUGCAAAGAUUUUCACCAAGGUCUCAAGUGGAAAUUUUAAAUAUUUAUGAGGUCAAUUUUGAAAUUGUUCUUUUAUAGAUCAUGUUUUUGGUGUCAUACAGAAGAAGUCUUUGCCUAAUCCAAGGUCCCUAUGAUUUUCUCCUAUGUUUUCUUCCAGAAGUUUUAUAAGUUAGGUUUUACAUUUAGGUCUCUGAUCCAUUUUGAUCAUGUUUGAUCAUUCAUUGUGAUACUUGUACAUGGUACAAAAUGUAGGUUCAUUUUAAAACGUGGAUGCUCAGUUAUUCCAACACCACUUUUGUUCAGGAGACCAUCCUUUCUCCAUUGAAUUGGGUUUUCCGUCUUUGUCAAAAACUGAUUGACCAUAUAUGAAUGGGUUUUUUCUUUUCCUGGACUCUAUUCUGUCACAUUGAUCUUUGUGUUUAUUCUUGUAUCAAUACCAAUUGUUCCCAAUUACUCUAGCUUUAUAAUAAGCCUGUCAAUCAAGUAGAGAAGCUUUGCUUUUUCAACUUUUCUUUAGUUAUUCUAGCUCUUUUGCUUUGAGUUGUAGAAGUAUCUUGUUGAUUUCUUUAAAAAAGUAUUUGCUGGGACUUUCAAGGGAAGUGUGUUGGAAUAUUUCACAUCUUAAAUCUUCCAGUCUGUGGAUGUGGCAUAGCUCUAUUUGGAUCUUUUAUUUCAUCAGUAAUUUUUGUUAUUCAGUACACAGAUGUUGCCUGUGUUUUGUUAGACCUAUACUUAAGUAUUUCCUGAAUUUUUUUUUUCAUUCUUUAUAGCCUCUAUAUAUAUGGUAUGCAAAUUGUCUGUUGUCUGCAACGUCAUUUCUUAUCUGAUCUGGUUUUGUGUCUGUUUGGUUGUUUUCCUUAUUGUACUGUCUGGAUCCUCCAGAGUGCUGUUGAAUAGGAAUGUUGAGAGAAAUCCUUUUUGCCUUUCUCUUCAAGCAUUUAGUCUUUUAAGUAUUACAUUAACUGUAGGUUUUUGUAGAUGUCUUUUAUAAAGUUAAGGACAAUCCUUCUAUCCCCAGUUUGCUGAAAUUUUUUCAUCAUGAACAGAUGUUAAAUUUUCUCACGUGCUUUUCUUCUGCAUCUGUUAAGAUGUCAUACACUUCUUCUGUAGUCUAUGAAUAUGGUAAAUUACAUUAGUUUUCAAAUGUUGGAAUGAUAUUGCAUUCCUGAGAUAAACUCACCUGACAUGAUGUAUUGCUCUUUUCAAAUGUUGUUGUUUUCUGCUUGUUAAUAGCAAUUGUUGAGGAAUUGUGCGUCUAUGUUUACGAGGGAUAUUGGCCUAUGGUCUUUCUUCAUGUAAUGUUUUUUUUCUUGCGUUGGUAACAAGGUAAUGUUGCCCUUAUAAAAUGAGUUGAGAAGUGUUCUGUCCACUUCUAUUUUCUUUCCUCCUUUUUAAAAAUAUUUAUUUUGAGAGAGAGAAAAGAGAGAAAGAGUGUGCACAUGUGCACAAGCUGGGGAGAGUUAGAGAGAGAGGGAGAGAGAGAAUCUCAAACAGGCUCCAUGCUCACCAUGGAGCCCAAUGCGAGGCUCGAUCCCACAACUGUGAGAUCAUGACCUGAGCUGAAAUCAAGAGUGGGAUGCUUAACUGAUGGAACCACAGGCACCCCUUUCCACUUCUGUUUGCUCAGUUGUUUGAGGAAUUGUUUUUGUUUUCCUAAAGGUUAGUAGCAUAUAAGCAGUCUAGGGCUGGUUUCAUUGUUUUAGCAGCUUUUAAAACUUGAAUUCAAUGUCAUUAAUAGAUACAGGAAUACUGUAGUUGUCUAUUUCUUCUUGAAUGAUUUAGGUAAUUUGUGUCUUUUUAAGGAAUUUGUCCAUUUGAUCCAAGUUGUCACCUGUGGCGCAAAGCUGUCAUAAAAUUCCCUUAUUAUCCUUUUAAUGUCUUUAGGAUCUAUUAAAAUGUCUUGCAGUCCUGCCAUUGGUAAUUUCUUGUAACCUCUUUUCGAAGUUUAUUGUUUUUUCUCUGGUGUUUUUCACCUUUCAGUUCCAUUGAUUUCUGCUUCAUUUAUUAUUUUCUUCCCUCUGCUUUUGUCUCCCGAUAGUCUAAAAUUUCCCUCUAAGCAUGCCUUAGUUGCAUUCCACAAGUUCUUAUAUAUUGUCUUUGUAUUUUGAUUUGAUUUGAUUUAAUUUAUGUCCCAUUUCCAUUUGCAAUUCCUUUUUUGACCCAUGGUUAAUUUAAUUUCAAGAUUUGGGGGAUUUUCCUAAUUUUUUCUGUGAUUGAUUCUCAUUUAAUUCUGUUGUGUCUGAGAAUGUACUUUAUGUGGCUUCACUUCCUUUAAAUUCAUUGCAGUUAGUUACAUGGUCCAGGAUAUGAUCCAUCCUGGUGUAUGUUCCAUAUGCCCUUAAAAAAGAACGUGUAUUCUGCUAUUGUUGGGUAAAGCAUUCUAGAAAUGUCAGUUAAGUGAAGUUGAUUAAUAAUGUUGUUGAGCUCUUCUGUUUCCUUACUGAUUUUCUUUCUGUUUAUCCUAUUGAUUGGUGAGGGUGGUGGAGUCUCUGUGAUUGUGGAUUUGUUUAGCCUUCCAGUCCUUUCAGUUGUUGAUAUAUUUUGAAGCUCUAUUUCUUUGUGCAUACAUGUUUCAUGCCUUUUUGGUCCAAUUACCCCUUUAUUAUUAUGUAAUGUUCCUUUUUCCCUUGGUAACAUUCUUUGUCUUGAUGUCUUUUUUGAUUAUCAUAUAGUCACUCUUGCUUUUUAAAAAUCAGUGUUUGCCUAAAAUUACAUAGCCAUUCCAGCUUUCUUUUGAUUAUUGUUGCUUUAUUCUCCAAUCCGACAAUUUCUUUUUUUUUUUUUAGCAAGACUAAAUUUAUUCAAUACCCUAGUAAAAGUGUUUUUUUUAAUGUUUAUUUAUCUUUGACACACACACACACACACACACACACACACACACACACACACACACAGCAUGAGCAGGGGAGGGGAAGAGAGAGAGAGGGAGACACAGAAUCUGAAGCAGGCUCCAGACUCUGAGCUGUCAGCACAGAACCCAAUGUGGGGCUUGAACUCACGGACUGCAAGAUCAUGACGUGAGCUGAAGUUGGACACUUAACCGACUGAGCCACUCAGGCACCCCCCCUAGUAAAAGUUUUGAGUAUAAGUAUCCAACAGUAUAAAAAGUACAAAACAGAUUUGUAGCUUUCUAAUAUAUUAAUACAAAGUGCAUGACUACAUAUAGGAUAUCCUAUUCCAAUCUGACAAUUUCUGUUGUUGUGCGUAUGCCAUUUAUAUUUAAUUGGUGUGUCUAUGCCAUUUAUAUUUCAUAUAAUUAUUGAUAUGCUUGGAUAUAAAUCUAUAUUUUCAUUGCCUACUGUUUUUUUUCUUCCUUUUCUUGUUAAUUGGAAGUUUUUUUGUGAAUUCAUAUAAUGUCCAAUAUUGACCUAUUAUUUAUAUCACUUUUUGUAAUUGUUUUAGUGAUUACCAUAGGACUUGCAAUAUACAUCUUUAAUUAAUCACAGUCUACCUUCAAAUAAUGUAUUCUACUUAUACAGCCAUAUACCCACAAUUCCUUCCUCCAACGUUUUGUGCACUUGUCAAAUAUUUUUCUUUUGCACAUGCUAUAAAGCCAUAAUACAUUGCUACUGUUUUUGAUUUAGACAAUUAUCUUUUAGAGCAAUUAAAAAUACCAAUUAAAAUUUUAACUGCUUCUGGCAAUCUUUAUUUCUUUGUAGGACCAAAUUUCUGUGUACUAUCUUAUUUUUCUGCCUGAAGAACUUCCUUUAAGAUUCCUAGUAGUGCUAGUCUGCUAAUGAAUUCUCAGUUUUUUUGUUUGUUUGUUUUGGUUUUAAGAAGUAUUUAUUCCUCCUUCAUUAA